AUGCCUCCCUCAAUAUCGAGACAGGGAGUCCUCUCCCUCGCCUCGACGACCUCGGCCUCCGCGAUGAGGUGCCUCAGCACCACGCGGCGCCUCCAGGCCGUCAACAUCCCGCCCGAGUCGCCCCAGUUCGUCAAGCUCCCGCAGCCGCCCCAGUCCUCCGAGAAGAAGUACCCCCGCGUCAAGGGCCGCCUCCCCGUGCCCCGCGACGUCUUCCACCACCGCACGGGGCACCUCAAGGCCGACCCGGCCGCCUUCGUCGCCCGCGCGGCCCCGGUAUCCCUCGCCGAGCAGCGCGGCGACACCCCCAAGUCCGACGUCGAGGCCCAGCGGCGGCGGCUCGCCGAGAGCCGCCGCCGGUCCCUGGCCUCGGGCAUAGAGGGCCUCUGGCAGCGCAAGCAGGUGCGCGAGAGGCAGGCGCGCGACGCCGGGCGGGCCAACUUCAACCGCAACCGGCACGCGGCGCUCUUCGCCCCCGAGCGCGCCGACGACGUGCUCACGCGCGCGACGGUCCGCAGCUCGACGGCCAAGCAGACGGCCGUGCUGCCGGACCCGGACCGCGCCGCCCGCGCCGCCGCGUCGGCCGAGCGGACGGCCGCCAUCGCCCUCGCCAAGAGCGAGGCCCGCCGCGACGCCCUGCAGCAGCUGUACGUCGCCGCGAGCAAGUUCAUCGUCGACGAGGCUGAGCUUGAGAAGACGGUCGACAAGCUCUUCAGCGAGAGCUACUUCCGCACGCAGGGCAACCUGCUGGGCAACAUGGGCGCGGCCGACAGCGUCUGGGACACCUCUGGUGCGCCGGCUACGGUCCAGAGCAUGGUCGCCAGCCUGUCCAGGACGUCGAGCAAGGUUGUCGACUCUGUGCAGACGGAUGCCGACAGGACGAGGAAGAGACAGCUCAUCAUUGCCGAGACCCUGACCGGCGGCAAGAUGCAGUAA